AUUGUGAAGAUGGUCGACUUCCGUGCGAGGUUAUAAUGCAGGUGCCUUUUCUGUAGCUAGAUGCCGUGUUAGCCAAGUAGAGUUUAUUUUUCUGGCCCAUUCCGUUUUGUACUGACUUAAAGAUGACGGCUUUAUUUAUUCGUGGUACGAUUCCUUGCUGUUUCUCUCGUGUACGCCCAAUUAUACCGAUCGCUAUGGGCAUGUGUCUCGGAAUCACAUUGAGUUUGUUGUGCUCCCCUUUGCUGGACACAAACUGUGGUCUCGACAGCUUCGUGCACAUCGGCAGAAGUCGAAAGACUACGGCAUAUGUUGCCAACCCAGAGGAGAAGAGUGGCUUCAGUUACGCUCAGGAUGACUUUGAACCGGUUUUGAUGACUCAGAAUAAACCGCCAGAGAAGAAGACUGUGGAAAACCCACGAUUGGUAAGGACUCGAUAUAUUUCAUCCGAACUGGGAAUAAAAGAACAGUUAUUUGUCGCCGUGGUGGCCUCCAAACAACUCGUGAAUGAAAACUCAUUGAGCGUCGCUCUGAACAAAACCUUGGCACACUACGUUUCUAAAUUGAUAUAUUUCACAAACAUACAACCGGCAACUACCCCAAGUGGUCUAACUGUGGUUACUUUCCCGGACACUCGACCCAUUACACAAAUGUUUCACACGUGGAAGUACAUCUAUGACCACUAUGGCAAUGACUACGACUGGUUCCUGAUGAUGCAGGACGAUACCUAUGUGUAUGGUGAACAGUUAAUGUAUUUUAUAAGUCACAUGAGUACUGGUAGAGAUGCGUAUAUGGGACAGUCACAGCAUGAUGCGGACUUAGAUAUCACUUACUGCCAAAGUGAGCCAGGUAAUGAUUCAGUCUUCAGGAGCUACAAUCUACACCAUAAGAGACCCUCUGAUGAAACGUUGAUGGACGAAGAUUUGAAGAAGGCCUUGACGAUCUAUCCUGUGAGUGAACAACAGACUGUCUAUCUUUUGCAUAAACACUUCUCAGAAAUUGAACUGAACAAGACGUAUGCCCAGAUUGAAGAUUUACAGAUAUCAAUUAUGAACGUGAGUAAGUUUUUACCAGGUGGUGAAGAGUCGCUGACCUGGCCGAUUGGAUACCCUUCCUCGUACAAACCAAAGUCACGCUUUGAUGUAAUAGUCUGGGAGUAUUUCACAGAGACCCACAUUUAUGGUAGCACAGAAAAUGACCCAAAGUUGCCACUUAUCGGGGCUGAUAAGCUAGACGUAGAUGAGAUCAUCUCCACAGCUGUUGAGAAAUUCAACCAAAAGUACGACCACAUCUUCACCUAUCAUAGUCUGGUUAAUGGAUACCGUAGAUUUGAUCCAGUACGUGGUAUGGAGUACACACUGGAUCUGGCUCUUAACAAAAAGGGAGAGAAUAAGAUCAUCCACAAGCGCUGUCACCUGCUGAGGCCCCUCAGUAAAGUGGAGAUUAUCCCAAUGCCUUAUGUUACUGAGAAUUCACGAGUGAACAUUGUGUUGCCAGUACAGAUUCAUGAUAGGGAAAGGUUCACUAGUUUUAUUGAGAGUUAUGCGCAAGUCUGUCUGGAAACACACGAUAACACAGUGUUGAUGACGGUCUUUGUCUACCAACCUGCACACGCUAAAGAUAUGAAAGAAAACGAUAUAUUCCAAGAUCUAAAGUCAUUACUGGGUUACUACGAGAAAAAAUAUCCUGGGUCCCAGCUCCCUUGGGUUAGCAUUCAAACUAACAUCCCCUCACCAUUUGCAGUUAUGGAAGUCGUCUCGCCCAAGUUUCCAGAAAAUUCUCUCUUCUUUCUCGCAUCUGUGGAUCUAGAAUUGUCUAUGGAAUUUCUCAACCGAUGUCGGAUGAACUCCAUACAAACUUGGCAGGUUUACUUUCCGAUGCCGUUUGCCUUAUUUGACCCUACAAUUGUGAAUACAAAAUCACCACAGUCGGUUAAAACAGACGUAUCCAAAGACAACGGCCACUUCGAUAUCUACAUGUAUGAUUAUGCUGGGUUCUACAAUGCAGAUUACAACAAUGCCAUGGCACUUUGGAAAGAGAAGCAUCCAAACCUCGAUCACAUGCACUCUGACACAGACUUCUAUAACAUGUUCCUGAAUCUGAAAGUACACGUUUUUCGAGCCGUGGAGCCAUCGCUGAAACGUAAAUAUCGUCCUCGGGUAUGUAACCCAGUACUGAGUGAAGACUACUACAGACGGUGCCAGCAGAGCAAUUCCGAGGGUAUCGGAUCUCGGUCACAGCUUGCAAACUAUUUAUUUGAACAAGGUGUUUUAACAUAAGAAUUUACGAUUCACAAUUUCAUCAUUCAUUCAUGUAUGUAUGUACUGCCUGGCACAACAGACAACAGGGAACUUUUCAAUUAUAUCAAAUGUAAUAUAUUUAGGAUUUGCCAGCUGAGAUCCGUUUUUAUCGAAUUUGUGAAACCAUAUGAGCAGAUGCUUAUUCAAACCUUGAACUUGAAUACUUUGUAUUGUAUAUUUUUUCUCUUAAUAAAUUGUCUAAGUAUACUUACAAGUUUUAUAUGAAAUAUUAAUUUGAAGUCACACUGCCAUUUGACCUUUCAACCAAAGUCUGAACAACUGUGUUAAUUACGCUGUGUCACAAUUUAUCGAUUAUCAAGUUAUAACAAAACUACCUGUAAAUAAGUUAAAUGUUUCUGAUUUUAUCACCUGAUGAUGUUGGUGCAGAAUUUACUUCAUGAAAGCGAUUCACUGUCUGAGAGUUUUCACUGCUACAAAGCUUUAUUGAGCCAAGAACAUUUUUCUUAUGAAAUUGAGGUGAUUGACUGUAGUUUCAUUUCUGUACUUUUCAAAAUUGUCGUUUUUGCCAUUUAAUUUAAUACCUCAUUCAUCAGUGCACAAAGUUAUGUUUCUUUUUUUAUGAACAAAAUAUAUGCCAGUGUAGUUACAUUUCUACACACAUAAAAUGUUAAUAAUGUCUAUGCUAUGUAUAUGUAAAACAGUACCUAGACAGGUAGAAAAUGCAUUUUUGGUUUAUUAUAGUAAAAAUUCAUUUUUCCCCCUCUUUGCAUGUUAUUAUCGUAAAUAUACAUCAUGUCACAUGACAUUUCACAUUAUGCUUACUCAUUUGCCACCACAAAAGUAAUUAUUGCUCAGUAUUACAUGGAAUAAAAAUAUGGCAAAAUUUGUGAAAAAA